CGGUACUUGGUGUGAGAAAAGUGGUUGAUUUUAAAAUUAUGAUUUUUCUUAAUUCCAAAUUUACGGUGUUCGAUCAUAGGAGAAAUUUGAAAUUCGAAGAUCCUUCUGACCUUCGAAAUUUCGUAUACGAAUAAUAUUCCCUCAAAUUUUGAUAAAUGACAAAUUUUCAACAAAUUUUCUACACGUGCGGACGAGAACCAAUAUCGUAGCUUAGGUAUAGUCGAUCGUAAUCUGUGAUAAUUGAUAUAGGACUGUACACGGUGCAAGGGAGUUAUUGCAUAAAUUUUCGCCACUGUUUUCUGACAAUUGUCAUCAGGUGAAGUUUCCGGGGAGUUGGAAAACAUGCGGUUCUAUUCGUCGUUCUCCGUUAGCCGCCUUAAUAUUAUCAUCAACGAUGGAUGUCGAUUCCAAAAGCGUUCCACCGUUUUCAUCGGGACUAUGAGAGCGUGAAUGUCAUGCCUUGGGAAGCAGCUCGAAUUGUCAACGGUACUUCACCGGAAGGAGCUCGAUUUCUUUCUCCACAUAGGAAAUCAAAGGCCUCCGGGCGAGCGACCCACUGCAUCAACCUUGGAAGAAAGAAUUAACGAAACAAACUAAACGAAAAAAAAAAGAAAGAAAGAAAGCGCACGUUCCAUCUUAUCUCGAGGAUCGAUCCGAAUUAAAAUAAGCUGCCGUUUAUCGCGAUGAGGCGCGUCGAAGUUGACACAAGGGGUGCGCCGCCGUUCCGGGUCCUGGGUGAAGGCGGUCAGAUGUUCGCGGUUCCUUCGGCACCUCCGAGUUUGGCACCGGAGCCUUACAAGUUGACGACAUCGUCGACGUCCUCGAACAGAGCGAGACGAAGAUCCAGUUUCGUUAUAAUUGCCGAAGCCCGGCCAGCGACCCCCACGUCGAGAAGUCCUUCUCCGAGCCUAGCGACCGGGAGAGCUUCGCCCUUCAGAGGACGCGGGUUCAAGGGACCCCCACCCAGGGCGCAAUCCAGACCACAAACCCCCGAACAGAAGGACGCUCGUCGUCCGAGCCGAGUGACUCGACGAAUGUCGACGUCGCAGCAGAACAGUCCGAAACGCAGUCUGAUUCCUCAGCCAGCGCGACGUCGUUCGGUGUCCCUGACGAAAACUGAAACCAACGGAAGAUCCUCACCGAAAUUUGGGAGGCGCGCGACCUCGAAAAAUUACCUCGAGGUGAAUCAACAGAUCGCGCCUUCGCGCAGGGGGUCCCUCAAAGUUCCUGGACUCUCGCCGAUUCAGGGAACGCCUACCAAACCGUUGGAGAAAAAGAAAUCAACCGCCGGGCCGAGGAACGAAGCCGCUGAGAAAAAAUCGUCGCCGAUUAAAAGGAGGAGGAGUUCAACCCUUCCGCCCAUACCUAAGACGACGGGGGGUCCCAGAGGAAGCAUAGGUGGGAAAACGACAAAACCGCCGACGAAGACAGGCAAGGUCACAACGAACAACGAACCGCCAAUGUCACCCUCUAAGAUUCCGGUGAAAAAAGGGGCCGUCCCGGAGCCAAAGGUCACGUUAAAGGGCAACGCGAGACGUGGGUCUCUGGCGAAACUGGCGGUACCAAAACCCGGUGACAAAAGCGGACAGAAGAAGGAAAAAGUGGAAGUGAAGAACGAAUCGAAACCAGAUCCCGGGAGUACUACGGAGUCUUCACAGCUGCAAAACGGUGCGAAAAAGACUGAAAAUAAAACGGAAGCACCGCAGGACGUGAAAAAAACUUCCAAAGAAACCGAAAACUCGACAAAAGAAACGAAGACCGAUGUCAAGGACGUCGCAACCCCGAAAUCCAAGGUCGUCGAUGACAUAAGUCUGAUGGAACUUUUGAAACAGUCUUCGGGAGCCAGUGGAACCUCCAGUGUCGUUAACACGACUACCGUUACGGCGGCGCAACCACUAAAAAUCGACGCUGUUGGGACGAUAAUAGCCGAAGGGGAUGUCAAAGCGAAGGACAAAGAACCGGAAGUUAAACGCCGGAAUCCGGACAGUGGCAAAAGAAGCGCAGUCGCAAGACCGACGGCGAUGAAUAUUCCCUCUUCGAGUAGCGCGUCUCCGGCUCUUUCGGUAUCGGGGAAAUUGACGCAACCAUUCGCGCAGGACGGGGGACCAAAUAAUCCUCAGGAAGGUGAUGCGAAUAACGAAGAAACGACCAGUCAUGCGGACGGUAGCAAAAACCAGCAUAAAAAAAGUGGCAGUGGACAAACGACCGCAACUACGGGUAAAAUUGUGACGGGCGAAGUACUUCGGGAAGGGAUUCAUUCGGUACAGUCGAAAGAUACGAAUGGCGUGCUCGCGAAAGAAAGUAAAACGUCGUUAUCGGGGGGUGGUGGUGGUAGUGCCGAAGGUCGUUCGACCUUGAAGAGUGAAGAUCGGGGGAUUCAGACGCCGGUGACUACGAUAGGUAGUGAGGGUGGGAGUCAAGCUUCCAGUGCGGUGGUGAUGAUGGGGGGCGUUAGAAAUUCGGAUGACCACAAUCAUCGGAUUUCCGGGAGCGCGAUGUCCAUGAAAUCCACAGCUGGACUAUCCACCGGAUCAACGGACACCGGAGUAAGCGUCAAUACCGUGCGUGGUGGGAUUUCUUCGGCCAGAGAGAAACGAGGCAUGCAUCUCGUCAAGGGACAUUCGCAGGGCAUUGAAACCCUCAGUGGGAACGUUAUGCAUUUGGAACGGAACGGAGAACCAAUGCUUCCUGGCGGAGACCUGCACGACCUCGAGAGAGUUACCAGUCCAGCCGGCGAAGGAUUGCCGAAUCCCCGAGUUCCGGGUCAGCAGGAAAACAUCAGCAAGUGGAAAAAAAUUUUCGGCAGGUGCUGCCGGCCCUGCAGCAAGUGCAAAUUGAACUGCUGUAAAGGAUUCGAAAGAAAUAUGAGGUGCUUGGCCUGCAGAAGAGGCUUCAAAUCUCAGACAAAUAAUCCCCCCAUCCUUCAGGAUGCGACCAACGAGAUCAACAAAGGAUGUCUAUCCAAACUGAAGGAUAGGACAAAAUGUUGUCGUUUCCCUGAAAGUUGGAAGGGAUGUUCGCGAGGCAGUCGAGUAGCGCCGGCAGAAGAGAGCAGCUGUUGUCCGCCCGAACGAAGAUGCGGCACCAUUUUCAGGCUACUCUGUUCACGGUGUUCGUGCUGUAAACGUCAGGACGCUUCUCAACAGAUCAGAAACGUCCAGGCCAAACAAAGCCUGACCAGCGUCGCUGCGCCCGUUCUUUCCGAGGAGCCUAAAAGCAAAAUACCGGAAGUACUGGUGGAGCACAAUGCACCUAUGAGAGGAUCAAUUCCGUGUCUUCCGAUACCGCUGGCUUGGUUUUGCCUCGUUUGGAACGUCCUGAUCCCAGGCACAGGUACAUUUUGGAGUGGUUUAUUCAACCUUUGCGUUGGACAGCCAAGAUUUUCCGCAGUGGCAACGCCCAGAGCACGAGUAGGCGCAUUCUUGAUAAACACCAUCGUCGGCGUUGGUCAAUUAUUCACGGUUUUAUUCUGCCUCGUUGGAUGGGGUUGGAGCAUAUGGUGGGGGGUCAUGAUGGUGCGCUUGGCAAGAAAAUACAAACGAUUUCGGGACUCUGAGGCGGCUAACAACGACGUUGAAGCUCGCGGAGCUGCUGCUGAGGCGACAACCGGCCCUCCAGGGGUUCCUAGCCAACCGAGUCGUGGUUUUGAGAGGGCGCGUUGAUGAAAAUUGAUUUGGGAAUAGUUUUUUCUGUUUGAUUUUUUUUCUACUUAUGCGCUGGUUGAGGAUCAACGAUUGAAAAUGUUGUAAAUACUGUUUAUUGCGUGUAUGAACGCCCGGUGAGGUUGAUUGCGAGUCAAACUAACCGGGCGUACAACGUAUCGCGAUAUGGCAAUUUUUCACUGCAAUAUUCUUAAGUUAUACCAUAGAUUAUACAUAAUCAAUCAAGGCUAAAGAUUCUUUUAUACGUUUAUUAUUAUCACAUAUGUACAAUUAACGGAUUCACAGAUAUUAUAACCGUGUAUAAUUAUGCCCCCUUAGUCUAUAAUAAUUGUAUACUUCUGUACUAUACAUAUAUAUAACUAUUCGAACGAAAUAAAUCGCGCGAU